UGGACCAAGAUGGCGGCGAUGUGAUGCUUCUUACCACAACAAAAGUUACACAUAUUAUUGUACGUUUUAGGAUCUCCUGUAACAUUUUCCCCGUCAAAUCAUGAAAAUACACAAUACAACGACUACAUGUUUUCUGUCAUACCAUGGAAGGCAAGAAAAAUCUGGCUGCUCGAAGGAUGCCAAAUGAGGCUGGUAAAACUUUGCAACGUGUAAGGUUGUUCAAGCAUUCCCAUGAACAAAAUAGCGUUAAAAUAAAUAUGACAAAACAUAGACAAGUAAAAUGUCUAAAACAAGAACCAUCACCGUUCCCUGGUACAUCGCAUAACCAACGCAAAGCUUUUGAAACACCCAAACGAUCAAAGUUAAGAUGCAGUGAUUCCAGUCGUGGGGACUCACCCGACACAGUACAAGACAUCAUAUGGGAGCCAGCUUCCCCACCAUCUGCCUGGAAUGUAAAGGGACCCAAGAAGUCUCCCGAAACAGAGCUUUUGGACAUUGUCAAUAGAAUCGCCCCAAAGGAGGGAGGCCAUGAAGGCCAGGACCCUUCCGUGUUCCAGUGGUUUGGGGACGGGACCAUCCGUUGCACUCCAGAGGUUCCAGAACCUAGAACCAGGCGGAUAUCCUCACGCCAGAACAGUGUGGAGGACUUAAAGAAACUGGCCAGAGAGUUUGACCUGAGGAUUAAUAAAGAACAAGAGGACAGUGGCCUUGACCAUCAUUCAGUGUCUCCUGGGCACCUACAGGGGAAGGAGGCAGCCGAUCUGGACAAGGAGCUAAAUGCCCUCUUUGAUGCCCCCACUCAGUGCCUCUCCCGUCAGCUGAGCCAGAUCUCCAGUGUAUCCUCACAGGAGUCCAAAGCCAACCUGGCAUCCGCUGUUGGCAGAGGCGACUCUGCCGCUAAAAAAGACAGCGGUGCCUCUUCCUCCAUCACAGACAAAGCUGUGGAGUCUUCCAAGACCGUAUCUGGGAAGGGCAACUUUGAUGAUGACUGGGAGAACGACGACCUGCUUAACGACUCGUUUGUCUUGGAGAUGACUCAGAACCCAGUCAUCCCCGACGCGCCUCCGGCAGGAACCUCCACUCCGGCCACGGCUGCGCCUCCCCGGCACCCUGUCUCCAAGGCCGGUGACCCGGUAAUUAAGGUCAACCCGUCCGUGUCUGCCCGCAUCGUUGCCUGUGGACAGGCUAGGCCCAUUGGCAGCGGCGCCACUGCAGUCCUGAUGGGGCCGCGCUCAAAUGGGACGUCCACAAACCCAAGCACUUUCAUGCCGAAGCCAAGCAGCCACUCACAGAGCAAAAAUACCACUUCUGGAGAGCCGAGGAAGCCUUGUUUCAAAGCAACCGAUGUGGGGAGGCAUGAACGCAGCCGCACACACUCAUCUGUCAGGCAGCAGGAAGCCCAGACAGUGGCUCCAGCUAACAUCAGUAAACAGACUAAAGGGCCGGACUCUUUCAAUGGGGUCCAGAAAAGUUUGAAGGCCUUAAAAACCCAGACAGUCUCUGAGGAUGCGUGGGGUGACGGAGGUGACGCCGAUGAUGACCUGCUGUACCAGGUGUGUGACGUGGUGGAGCGCCACUCCUCGAGUCAGGAGGAGGCUCAUGCUUCGACCGUCGGCUCGAAGCCCACCGACAUCAAACCAGCACCGAGCUAUACCAGGCAGCUGUCACUGUCACCAUCAGACAUCCGUGCAUCAGCUCAGGCGCACACUGUCUUAACAGGCAGCUGGCCUCCUGCUCAGACGUCGGCCAGCGACAGGCGGCCCUCGUACGGGUUCACCCGUUCGCUCUCUAUGCCAAACAACAGCGCCGGCGCCGGCACCGGCACCGUCCGCCCCAAAGUGCAGGCCGCCGGCUUCUCCGGGGGACGUGCCGCUCAGAGCCACACCGCUCCCUCCAGUUUCCACGGACCAAACCAGUACAGGUUCACCCAGCUGAGGAACCCUCCAGCGCAGGGGCCGACCUCACGCUCCUACCAGCCACCGGGGCCUCAGGGGCCAAACCCCACGAGCACCCAUCAGGCCACGUUCAAGCGCCAUCUGCACGAGCCCAGACCGCUGGCCAACAAAGUGUUCGUUUCCAACCAGAGGUCAGCGAAAUGCUCGGCGGCGGAAAUCGAGGGGAAGAAGCAGGAGGCGAUCGCCCGGCGGAAGCUGCGAAUGGAAGCCUCCCAGAAACCCGCUACGCCGACAUAAUCCUGCAGACGAGCCCUAUUUGUUACACUCUGUGUGUGUAUGUGUAUAUGUGUGUCUGUGUGUGUGUGUGUGUGUGUGUGUGUGUGUACUCUAGACCCAUGUUGAGAGCUCCUCUUGGAGCAGUAAUGGAGGAGUAUUAGAUUACCACACUUAACUCGAACUGACAUGUGUCUGAUCCCUGACACAGAAAACAAAUGCGGUCUUGUGUUGGAAACCUCCCCAGGACCUGCUGCUGCUGCUGCUGCCGCUGCUAAUGCUGAGAAAUCCCCUCCACAGGCCUGCAGAUUUGACUGAUAUCUGAUGAUCUGGAAGGAGUGUAAUACUCCACACAAUGCUACAUAAUGACACAGGCUUGGAUGCGGGAGAAAAGCAUGUUUACCUUCAGUUACUUGAAUAUUCAGACAGAGUGGUGGUCUGUUAGAGCGCAUCACAGACUUUCCAGAGGCUCUCACACCUGCUAGACCCCCUGGCCCGUGUUUUUAGUUGACCUUUGGCGGCAAGUAGGCAGCCAAGAACCCCCGUCUGAGCUGCUAUCAAGGUGAGCCUUCUCAGUAGGACCACUGUGUCUGUUUUGACUUCUGAUGGGGUUAUGCUGAUAGACUGCUCCGUAAGCUUGUUUGACAGAUGGACGUAGGUGUACACAGCAGGCUCCCUUUUCAGUUUUUGUGUUUAGUUUUGUUGUCCAAGCAGUUCUAAAUGUGACAAGAUGUCCUUAUUUUCGUGUAUUUUUGUGUCCGUUGUUUUGCCUUCCAUGUUCACGCUGCCACUUUAAGUUCCCGUUUGCAUCAUUCACAUUUAAGAGAAAACCAAAGACGUAAGCAAUCGUGUCACUCGUGCCUCUUCCACUGUAAUGGCACCUUGAAAACAAGUCCCACACCCUGUCAAGCUUUGGAACUGUUUUGAAAUUAAACUAUUCAUGUACAGGUUAAA